GGUUGGAAGGAGGGACCAGGCAGGGUCAGGGGGUAGGGCUGAUGACAGGGGCCGUAGUGGAUCACAGUGGAGUGACUCCUCCCCAUAGAGGAGGAGAAAGACACGAGGGACACAGACGGCAUCACAGGCAGAAGCUGUACUCACCUGCACAGGUUUGUGCACAGGAGAGUCAGUGGUUGGACAGUGUAUCUCUGCUGAUAAAGGACUCAUUUGAAGGAGAGAUGCUGAUGAUUGACAACCUCUCUGGAUCUGUCUUCCAUCACUACUCCUCUACCUCUUCUCCUGUCUGGAAGGACUACAAGGGGAAUCUGCAAGAGAUCCGAUUGGCUGAGGUGGAGCAGGCGUCUCUGAUGUCAGAGCAGUUGUCUGACAAGUCAUCAUCACUGGCCCUUCCUGAUGAUCUUAGUCUGGACGACCACAGUGACUACCAGCUCCUGGUCAGGGACGGCAAGGAGGAGAGAGGGAGCAGUGACUCCCACAGUUCUGAGGAAUUGAGGGGGAUUCAGGCUGGGUGUGGAGGGUCCUGA